AUGGCUGAACUGACAACUAGAGGCCCACAGGAUGUCCCUGGCUCUUCCCCUGAUGAAAACGAAUUUCCUUUUGGAUAUCCCAAUAACAUCUGUGAGGAUGUGCCUGAUCAGAAGUACCUGUGCAGCAGCUGCAAUAACGUUCUGAAGAAAGCCCUGCAGACACUCUGUGGGCACAGGUACUGCUCAGCCUGCCUCUCCUGGAUUGUACGAAACAAUAAAAAUGCAAUUUGCCAGAAAUGUAAGGAGGAAGAUCCCAGCACUUUGAGUGAGGAAAGCCUGCUGGCAGAAGAAAGGGCUUUUGGUGAUGCUGCCAUUAAUAAGGAGAUUUCUGAGCUCAAAGUGCACUGUGUGACCCUUGGAUGCAGUUGGUCUGGUAUCAUGAAAAACUUUGAAGAGCAUCAGAGUUUGUGUGAAUAUGCUUUAAUCCCUUGCCACACUGGUUGUGGCCACGUGGUCAUGAGAAAGAAACUUGCAGAUCAUUUGGAAAAUGGAUGUGUUAAUAACAUGACAAUGUGUCAGAAGUGUAAGAAGAGCUUAUCCAGUAGUGAAUACCAAGAACAUUCAUGUGAAGGCAGUUUAUGUAGGGAACAAAAAUGUAUGCAAACAGAAACAACAUCAAAGGAGAAGAACUGCUCUGCACCCUUAAUCAGCAGGGAUGGAUGUUAUUUUUCUGAAGUUGGCUGUUCAUUUAAGGGAAGCAAGGAGAAGAUAAAGGAGCAUGAAAAAACUGCAGUUGGGGCCCACAUGCUGCUUCUGCUGCAGUACAUAAGGCAGCUGAAGGCAAGCUUGUUCAGUGCUACCAAGGCUGCAAACAGCUUCAUCCCACAGUCAGAACUGAGUAGGAAUGGUGCAGGAAAAAGCAUCUCUGAACUGCAGAUCCCAGCGGGGUUGGACAUCAGUGGGGAUGUGGAAGUAGACUGUUUCCCUGGAUCUUCUGUUUCUGAAGAGGAAUCUGUUCUACAGCAGCUUCUGAGGGAAAAAGUGAUUUCUGAGCUAGAAAAUAAGCUACAUGUGUUUGAGAACAUUGUGGCAGUGCUCAAUAAAGAGGUGGAGACCUCAAACUUGGAAAUUGCAGCCUUUCGGAGACAGAGUGAACUCGAUCAAAAUUUAAUACGAGGCCUUGAACUGAAGAUUGCAGAGCUGCACCGAUGCCUGACACAGAAGGACGCAGGCCUCAGCACUCUCCAUAAGAGUCUUCUGUUCUCUGAGCAAGCUUCCUAUGAUGGGGUCUUUCUGUGGAAAGUAACAGAUGUUGGCAGGAAGCUACAGGACUCUGUGACUGGAAGAACAGUCAGUUUGUAUUCCCCAGCUUUCUACACUGCAAAGUAUGGCUACAAGGUCUGCCUGAGGGUUUAUCUGAAUGGGGAUGGGACAGGAAAAGGAACCCACAUGUCCCUUUUCUUCGUUGUCAUGAAAGGAGACUAUGAUGCUUUACUCCCGUGGCCUUUCAAACACAAGGUCACAUUUAUGCUGCUUGACCAAAAUAACAGGGAACAUAUCAUUGAUGCAUUUCGCCCAGACUUGACUUCUGCUUCAUUUCAGAGACCAGUGAACGAGAUGAAUGUUGCAAGUGGCUGUCCCAUGUUCCUCCCUCUGUCCAAAUUACAGUCACCUAAAUAUGCCUAUGUGAAAGAGGACACACUUUUCCUUAAAUGCAUCAUAGAAACAAAUUAG